UAGUAACCAGGCGACAGAGUAGCUAAGUUUUUCACUCCUCGUUAGUUUCGUAUGUUUUUUCUGCGUUAAAAGUACUUCGCGUGGCUUUUUAUUUACUGCCAUGAAUGCGGCAGUGAUGAAAAAGACCCAGGACACGCUGGGCAAAGUGAUAAAGAAGCCGCCGCUCACGGAGAAACUGCUAAUCAAGCCCCCUUUUCGAUACCUACACGAUAUCUUCAGUGAGGUCAUCAGGACCACAGGUUUUAUGAAAGGCUUGUAUGAAGAAAAUGAAAUGAAGUCUGACAGUGUAAAGGAUAAGGACUCAAAAAUAGCCUUCCUUCAGAAAGCGAUAGACGUUGUCAUGCUGGUCAGCGGCGAGCCCCUGGCAGCAAAGCCAGCCCGCAUUGUAGCCGGCCACGAGCCUGAGAAAACCAACGAGCUGCUGCAGGCCAUCGCCAAGUGCUGCCUCAACAAGAUGUCCAGUGAUGACGCAGUGAAGCGAGUGCUUAAAGGAGAAAAGGUGGACAUGAAGACCAAAGCAAGUACCUCUAGGUCCCAGCAUAAAGAGAAAAGGGAGGAACGGGAACAUCAUGUGGAUAGAGAGGAGAAGAAGAAGAUUACAGAGCGCAGCAGCAGCCGGGAGAAGGAGCCAGAGCAGCCCAAAGAGCAGGAGAGCCGACGCAGGGAUGGAGAGAAAGAGCACUAUCGUGACAGAGAGCGCUCAGACAAGCACCACAGCAGUGAACAGGCCCACCACGCCAAAGACCCUGACAAAGACAAGAGUCGAGACCGGGAACGGGACAAAGACCGAGACAAAGGACGAGUUCGGGACAGAGACAGAGACAAAGGACAAGUCAGGGACAGGGACAGAGACAAGAAAAGGACAGAGAGAGGAUCAAGAAAGGGAAAAAGACAAGAGAGAGACCGAGAAAAGACAAGAGAGCGAGAUUCUCACAGAGCCAAAGAGAGAGACAGGGAAAAACGAAGAGAUAGAGACAAAGAACGAGAAAAAGAAAGAGAACGACACAAAGAUGGGGAUGAGAGGAAAAGUGGAGAGAGUGGCAAUAGCAAGGCCAGAUUAUCAGAGGAACCACAGCAAAAAGCGUUCCCUGAAGAGCCCAACAAAUUAGCCAAACCUGUGCCAGCGGAACCAAAUCCAGAUGAAGAGCCCACAGAAGCAGUAGAGAUCCAGUCUGAGAGUCCAGCUAAAAUACCUCGACCUUCAUCUGCCAAAGGGCAGAGGCGAAGACCCAAAAUUGGAGACCAAGAAGAAUCUGACAGUGAAGGAGAUGGAGAUGCUCAGUUAGCCCAGAGACAUGUACCUCUAGAAAAUGGAGAGGGAGGAUCCUCAGUGCCGUCUGACACGGCUUCCAGUAAACGAACAGCACGGCCAAGCAGCGCUCGCCCAGCACCUCCUCGAGUCAAGAGACAGGAAAGCUACGCUGAUGUGACUCCGGCUGAGAGGCUCUCUAGUGCCAAGCCCUCAGCACCCAUCAUCAUGGAUGGGAAAAAGAUCUCAGAGGAAGACGAGGAUGAAGAUGAACAGUUUCUUGUGGAGGAGGCAGUCCCGCAACCCUUAGAUGCUCCUGAAAUGGAGGCGGAACCUACACGAGAACUAGACAAAGAAGAGAAACAUGGUGGCCUUGUGAAAAAGAUCCUUGAGACCAAAAAAGACUACGAGGUGUCCCGGUUGUCCCCAAAAUCUAAAGAACAGAAUUUGGUGUCUGAAGCAGCACAGAAAAAGGAGCGGGAUAUGGACAAAGAGAUUGAACGGCUACGCUCAUCCAUUCAGAUGGUGUGCCGUAUCCUACCUUUGGGUAAGAUCAUGGAAUACAUCCAGAGGACAUGGAUGCCAUGCAAGGCUGAACUGCUCUCCUGGCGGCGGGAAAAUAAGGAGCAUGCGCAGGCCUUGCUGCAGGAGCAGAGGGGCACAGACCGCGCAGUAGAGCCUCUUAAAGCUGAACUAGCCGAGCUGGAGCAACUGAUUAAGGACCAGCAGGACAAGAUAUGUGCUGUAAGGUCCAACGUACUGAAUAACGAAGAGAAGAUCCAGAAAAUGGUGACUGGAAUCAACUUCUUCUCCAGAACCUGAACAAGAAACAUUAUAAGACUGAAUAUUCAGAUGUGAGUGAUUUCUCAUUCAGAAUAAUGAUGAGGCCGUUUUUCUUGGAGGUGUUGUGGAAUUAUGGGACCACUUUUAGGUUGUCAUACCAGGAGAUGGACCCAAAUGUAUUCCAACACUAUUAAAGCAGAAAACAUCUCAAGGAUAUUGGUACAUCAAAGGGCCACUUGAUGGUUUGGAGGGCUGAAACUAUUCCCAAAUAACGAAAUGAUAGAUUGGGGGAAAAGUGGGUGUUGCUGAAAACACUGACAGGUGAAUAAAUAAAAAAUAAAAUGUAUCUUUGUGAUCUGCACACUAACCCAACCCCAUCUCUGACCCUUCUUUCGAAAUGGUGCCUUUGUGCAUUGAGCCAGUGCACAGUUCACAACAGUAGAUAGCUGCACAUUCAUCCAUUGGACCAAAUUUAAAAUGUUUCCUUGUUCGUUUAAUUGACGAGUUUUUUCAUGUUAUCCUUGUGAGGGCGUGGAUUUUUGACAUGCAGUUUGACUGGAGUAGUAAGCAGACGUAUAACAGUAAUACUCACGGCAAAUGCAGCUGAUUGAAAACAGGAGAAAAGUUUAAAUACAUUUUCUAGAAAAACAAUUAGGAUUCACACAGAGAGUCCUGAUGGGCUAGCUGAUUAAAAAUGUGUCCUGGCUUAAAUUUGUCCAGGAACACUUUACAACCUUUUAACAUUUCACUGAUCCUUGCCUACAAAAACACAUUUUCAUCAUUAUUUUUACAAUCUUAUUUUUUACUGUGUUUAAAAAAAGAAAAAAA